AUGUCCAGAGAACCUAGACAAUACCGGCCAGCAAAAGAACUUCCUUUUGAGCUAGUGCAGCAAGUACAGACCUACUUUGAAGAAGGGCUAUUUACCCAAGCCUUCAGCUUCCUCCUGUCGAUAAUCGGCAACAGCGCGUCCCCCCUCGCUCGUCUCGCGCCGGCCAUAAUUCCACCACCUGCUCAAAUCGCCCUUGCUGCCACACUAGCAGUCCACCCCACUACUACAUCCAGAACCAAUUCGCGCGAGAAGUGGAACCAAGCCAAUGCCGCUCUUCGUCUGCUUAGGCUAAUCCAAAAUCUCGUCGGACCUGUCAAUGCUGACUUCAACACCGCCUUUUCGUUCCGUAAAUUCGACUUUCGAGUCAAUCGCCGCAGUGACCAUCCGUUUGACGAUGAUGAGUACGAUGGUGGGGGCGGCGAAGGCGAUAGACCAGCUGGCACAAGUGAUCUGAAUACUCCCUAUGCCCGCUCACAGAGCCUUUGGGCACGAGCCGAAGACUUCUGGGAACUUGUGGGUUGGGCAUUCAACUGUGCAUGCCACCCCGGAAUUUAUGCGACGCGAUGGAAUCAUUACCAGCUUCUGCUUGGGUUCCUGAUUGAUGUGCUAGAAGAAGACUGGUACAUCCGAUCCACGUCAGGGGAUACAACUGUCGAUGAAGCCUUGCUCUGGCAGUACAUCGAACUCUCAGGGGGUGGACAUGGACGCGCAAGACGGAUCCUGCGAGCCAUUUUUGCCGAUGGGAGUCCGCGCUCCCUUAGCGAGUUCCGUGAGGUAUUCCCCAAUGAAAUGAAAGAACCCGCGCGGGAAGAUGUGAAUCUCAAGAAGCGAGAAGUCGAUGUCAAUAUUGACCAGGAUAUCUAUGGCGACUAUUUGGGCCAGGACGACUUGGAUAUUUUAGAAGACGGCGACGACGAUGACGACGACGACGUGGCAAGCACUGGCACGGGAGCAAGUGGACGACCACCAAAGCGUGCACGCAAACGGAUCCAGACACCUUCGUCGAAGGGAGUCACGCCAAAGACUAGUGGUGGCAGUUUACACAGCGGGUAUACCACAGAUGGGGAGGGCUCCUCAACCUCCCUGUCCACGAAACUCGGUGGCCCUUCUUGCAUCUCUCUCCGUCUCCGGCUGUUAAAGCUGCUCAUCCACAUCUCCUCUCACCAGACUCUGAUGGCGACCUCCCCGACGACCUUUCCCGACCUGGAAGACCUCUAUACCAAUUACGUGGAAUUUAUUCGCCCUCUCCCUGUCCCUGCCUUCGCACAGAUUGUCCUUCCCCAUCCUUCAAAUCCCCUAGAACUGCCAUCGUUGACGAAUGUGUGCGAAAGGCUUCUUCAACAGCUCCUCGAAACCUCCGCCCCUAGAUACAAGAGCCAUGUCUUGCUCUCCGGGAGGAAGCUGGAGCAAGAAUAUCUCCCCUUUGCUGCGUCAAAGAACAGUAUCGAUGCAAACGCGAGAAUCAGUCUCUUAUUGGAGAGUUUGACGAGAUGUCUUGUGCGGGCGGGGGAGCUGAAGAAGACGAAAAGAUUGGUUCAGGCGGCCAGGGCUGGCGUGGAAAGGAGGAUCAGCCGUGUCGCGGAUUCGGUAGAGAAAAAGGCAGGUAGCAAGAAGAGGCAAGGAGACGAGGCUGUUGCGUGGGAGUGGUUGGUAGAAAGUGGGGAGAGAAUCCAGAAAGCGAUAGAGGGUUCAGCGCUGUAG